GGGGCGCUCACGGGCCAGGGCUGUAUGGGGCUCCCGCGCGGGCCGUUCUUCUGGCUGCUGCUCCUGUUCACGGCUGCCUGCUCGGGGCUCCUCUUUGCCCUGUACUUCUCGGCGGUGCAGCGGUACCCGGGGCCAGCGGCCGGAGCCAGGGACAUCACAUCAUUUCAAGCAUUCUUUCAACCCAAGGCAUCGAAUUCUUGGACAGGAAAGGGCCAGGCCUGCCAACAGCUGCUUCACCUGGCCAUUCAGCGGCACCCCCACUUCCGUGGCCUGUUCAAUCUCUCCAUUCCAGUGCUGCUGUGGGGGGACCUCUUCACCCCAGAGCUCUGGGACCACCUGAGCCAACACAAAGCCCCGUAUGGCUGGCGGGGGCUCUCUCACCAAGUCAUCGCCUCCACCCUGAGCCUUCUGAAUGGCUCGGAGAGCGCCAAGCUGUUUGCCCCGCCCAGGGACCCCCCUCCAAAGUGUAUCCGGUGUGCCGUGGUGGGCAACGGGGGCAUUCUGAAUGGGUCCCGCCAGGGUCCCAACAUCGAUGCUCACGACUAUGUGUUCAGACUCAAUGGAGCUGUGAUCAAAGGCUUCGAGCGCGAUGUGGGCACCAAGACUUCCUUCUAUGGUUUCACUGUGAACACAAUGAAGAACUCCCUCGUCUCCUACCGGAACCUGGGCUUCACCUCCGUGCCUCAAGGACAGGGCCUGCAGUAUAUCUUCAUCCCCUCAGACAUCCGUGACUAUGUGAUGCUGAGAUCGGCCAUUCUGGGCGUGCCUGUGCCUGAGGGCCUAGAUAAAGGGGACAGGCCGCACACCUAUUUCGGACCAGAAGCCUCUGCCAGUAAAUUCAAGCUGCUACAUCACUUCAUCAGCUACCUGACAGAAAGGUUCUUGAAAUCAAAGUUGAUUAACACAAAUUUUGGAGACCUAUAUAUGCCUAGUACCGGGGCUCUCAUGCUGCUAACAGCUUUGCAUACCUGUGACCAGGUCAGUGCCUAUGGAUUCAUCACAAGCAACUACUGGAAAUUUUCCGACCACUAUUUCGAACGAAAAAUGAAGCCAUUGAUAUUCUAUGCAAACCACGAUCUGUCCCUGGAAGCUGCCCUGUGGAGGGACCUGCACAAGGCCGGCAUCCUUCAGCUGUACCAGCGCUGACCCCAAGGCACUGAGCCCUUUGUUUCUUCAAGAGUUGCGUCCCUGAUCCUCUCAACUAGCCAAAAGCUUUUUUCUUAACUUUUCAAUCUUCACCUUCCCUUCUUGCCAACAGAGGGCACUGGGGUGAAUUCACAAUUAUCAUCGAAGUCUGUUCAAUGUAGGACACCCCAGCUUGUCCCUGGCUCAUCCAAGAAAACUCUUCUGUAUCUAAAACAAUCAAUCUUGGCCAAGGGAAAAUGGACUGCUUUGCUGGAUUUGCACUGAGCAACUUCAGGAAAUGUCGGUGGAGUGUUCAGUAAGAUCAAACAGCAGUCCAGGUCAAAGACAAACACACACGCUCCAGGUCAAAGACAAACACACACGCUCCAGCCCAAAUCCUCCUGGUGGCACAUCCUACCCCAGAGGCUAAAGUGAUUCAAGGACUCCAGGACCCCUCUUAAGAGCCUUUCUAAGAACGUGAUAGGCUUACUUCUGCUCCAUAAUAAAGUGGGAGAAAAAAGCCAGAAUAUAACUUAAGACUAGAUAACUGCGUACAUGAUGGACCUUUUUUUUUUUUGGCUAGGUAGAGAAAUCAUAUAAAACGCAGGCUGUUUAGCAUGGAGAUCACUCUCAGAACACUGAGGGGGUCUGGCACUUGAUGGGGGUUAGUUGCUUGGCAGCCUGCCACCGAGGGAAGUCCCAUUAGAGAUGUAUCACCACCUUGUCACCAACAGGAUGAUGUUACCAGGUAAUAAACCUUCAUCCUCAUAUCAUGGCUUCAGUAAAUUUGAACUUAGCUGACGGUAGUUUCCCAAUUUUAUUUUAAGUGGUUUUAAAUAAGUCUCAUCCAAACAAGUUAUCACACAGCACUUAACCAAGCCCUGGGAUUUACUGUCUUGAUGACUACAUGGCUUUGCACAGUCUGAGAUGCUUCAGUGUGCAAGGCAGCAGCUGGGGUGGGAGGGGAGUCUUCACAGGGACAGCUGGCGAGAGACUUCCCGAGGCACAUCAAUCAUGUUGGUCAAUUUAGGGCAUGUCUGGUUCUGUAGCUUUGAAAGGUGGAUUCUUUCUAUUAGCACACUUUACAAGAGGGAUGGGGAUUAACUCAGUCACCAGAAACGAAACACCACUUCAGAAAUUUAGAGACCUCUGAUCAACAGAACAGACAUUUGGGCUUUAAUUGCUAAAGCAGCUACCUACUUGGGGAAACCAUGGCGUUCUGCUGCCUGGACAGCAGGAAUUAAGAGAGAUUUCAGAGUUGCUGGCACGAGGACAAAGCCUCUCAGCUCGCUUCACCUUGGCAACCUUAAACAGUCCCUCCUUGGUCUCCAUGAUAGCAGUAUGUUCCUUUGGAUAGAAUACUUGGUUUGGAAAGAAGGUAGUCAAAUGUAAGGUAUCUAAGUACCCCUCAACAGUCACAAUCCAUCCUAGUAUCUUAUAUAGUGAUCUUUUUUUUUUUUAAUUUACAAAAGAGGUUUAUUGGACUUACAGCUCCACAUGGCUGGGAAGGCCUCACAAUCAUGGCAGAAGGUGAAAGCCACGUCUCACAUGGCAGCAGAUAAGAGAAAAAAAGGAAGUGAUCUUUUAGUAAAGAAACCUGAGACUGGUAGUGGGCUUGGAGCCAGAGGAUCGCUUAAGUCCAGGAGUUCGAGACCAGCCAGGGUAACAAAUUGAGACCCCCCCAACUUUAAAAUUAAAAAA